AUGGAUCCUGUUCAUGUCCUAGCAGUGCAGGAACAUGUGUGGGUGAACCGAAGACCGCUUGAUUUUGCUCAAGUGGUGCUUGAGGUGGACACAGUUGCUGCUGCUGUGGUUGCUGAAGAAGAAUCGAAUAAUCAAGGGCGGAGAACAGGGUAUCAUGGCUCUAUUCUUGGCCACAAUAUUGUCAAUCUUAAUAGAAAGGAAGAUCUUACUGAUGAAUAUCUUCAAAUUAGAGAAAGCACUGCGAUAAAAAGUCUUAGAGCUUUCGUCAAAGCAAUUGUAGAAGUUUUUGAUGAUUGGUAUCUAAGGGCACCAAACGAGGCCGAUAUUUGUCGAUUAUUAUCAAUUGGAGAGCAGCGUGGAUUUCCAGGGAUGUUAGGGAGCAUUGAUUGUAUGCAUUGGAAAUGGAAGAAAUGCCCAAUUGCAUGGCAUGAGAUGUAUACUGGUCAUUGUCGUGAACCAACUAUAAUUCUAGAGGCGGUGGCUUCACAAGAUCUUUGGAUAUGGCAUGUCUUUUUUGGAAUGCCUGGAUCAUUAAAUGAUAUUAGUGUUCUUGAUCGGUCACCUAUCUUCGCUGCACUUGCUGAAGGUCGUACUGCUCCUACAAUCCCAAGGCCAUUAGGAGCAAAGAGAAAAUAUUUUGCAAGUAAGCAAGAGUCUGCAAGAAAGGAUGUAGAGCGGGCAUUUGGAGUGCUCCAAUCUCGUUUUGCAAUUGUACGUGGACCUAUUCGAUACUGGGAUGAAGAAACGCUUGCAAAUAUUAUGAAAGCUUGCAUAAUAAUGCAUAAUAUGAUUAUUGAAGAUGAAGGAGCAAUGAACCUUGGAUUUGACCAUGAACGUGAAGUCAAUUCCUUUAUAUCAGUGUCACAUGGUGAAAUACCAGAACUACAUGAUUUUCUUCAAACUCAUAAUCGAAUCAGGGAUAGAGCAACUAGCUCUCAACUACAAGAAGAUUUGGUUGAACAUUUAUAG